AUGUCGGGCAGUAAUGCAAGCGGGUCGAGUACCAGCGCGAAUCUGAGUAUGUCCUUCAAGAAAGGCAGUGUGUUGAACAUGAUCAAAGCUGGUGAGGAACCCUUCCCGCGAGACACUCCUCUGCUUCCCAAGUCAGACAUCACUUUGGAUCAGUUGAUGCACGAUGAAGAGAUUUCGUAUCUCGAAGCCGUUGAGGUCAUGUUUCGCUUGAGAAAGGAAUCCAACCUUGCUGAGAUGCCCUUUGUGCCGAAGCCAAAGGCCAAAGCCAAGGCCAAAGCCAAGGGCAAAGCCAAGGCUUUGCCAGAGGCUGCCGAGGAACCUGCAGCCCCAAAGGCCCCGAGCGCCCCCACACGGGACCAGCGACCUGGGUCUUCCGAGGAUCCCACAGCAACCAAGGUAGAUUUGGAGGGGCUUCUGCGCAUGCACGAAGGGGUUCAGAAGCGCAAAGCAAAUGAGGCUAGCAAGUCUGUUGAGGCCCCAGCGGGCCCCGACGGUUCUGAAGCUAGCAAGAAAUCCAGGAAGAAGGCGUGUGAACCUUCUGCAAAGUCUGUGGAGCCUGUUGCUAAGGCCAAGGUUUCGGGAAAGGCUGUGGAGCCUGCUGCGGCCAAGGUUUCAGCAAAAGCUGUCGAGCCUGCUGUGCCCAAGGUUUCGGCAAAGGUGGCUGUGCCGAAGGCUUCUGGAAAGGCUUUGGAGCCUGCUGUGCCAAAGGUUUCGGCAAAGGCUGUGGUGGCUGUGCCAACCAAGGUUUCCACGCCUGCGGCGAAGGCUUCGAAAAGGACUGUCGAGCCGUCUGUGCCGGCUGAGGUUUCGGAAAGCGGAGUGGAGCCAAGCGCCAAGGUUGCCAAGACUGCGCAAGCUACUGCAAAGGCUUCUGGAAAAGCUGUGGAGCCUGCUGUGCCGAAGGUUUCGCGAAAGGCUGUGGAUGAUGCUGAUCGUGGUGGCCACGACUUGUCAAUGGACAACUGUGAGACCCAGACCCUUUCCAGUGGGUGGUCCUGCGGCACGCUCGAGGGAGCAGAGCAGCAGCUUCAGAUGCAGAAGUCGGCCUUGAAGCGCCGCAAUUCCACAGCAACCCUUAAGGAGACGGACUCCCAGUUGAUGGAAGGGUUGGGGGCCUCGGUGUCCCAAGUUGGGUCUACGCAGCCAGCGGCUGAACUCCUACAAGCCUUGGAGGACAUGCGAAAGUAUCAGAGUGCCCUGGAGGAGCAAGCCAUGGCCAAAGGAUUGAAAUUGCCCCCCAAGCCCUGUGCCAUCCUGCCUGAGCUGAUCGCGGCGGCCCACAAGCCCGAGGAUGCAAAGGCAACUGGAGCUCCUUCGGCCGAUCCAGCUGUGGAGGGUUUGUGUGAGCCCGAUGACAUUGAAUGUGAGCUGGAGGAGAUGCUUAACAGCUUCGAUGAUGACGAGCAGGAUGGAGCGAAGGAGGAGGAGGGACAGGAGAUGGAGGAAGGACAGAGGCUGAACGAUGAAGGUGAGGAUGAUGAACAGGAGCUGAAGGACGAGGAUGGAAAGGAGCUGGAGGAGGAUGCAGCUGAUGAGGAGGAGGAGGAUGGAAAGGGACUGGAGGAGGAUGCAGCUGAGGAGGAGGAUGAAGCUCAGGAGGAAGGGUCUGAGGAGGAAGAGGAUGUCCUUGAUGGAAAGGAGCCCGAGGAGGAUGCAACCAAGGAUGGAGAGGAGGAUGAUCCGAAGGGGAAGGGAGCCAAGGGCAGGUCCAAGCCAGUUGCUACGCCUGUUCGUGCCAAGAACCCCCCGCCCUUGCUUCGCCUUCAGUCGUCGGACUCCCUUGAUGCUCCCUCGUCGACUGCUGCGGCUUCCGGUGUGCCGAAGGUUCAUGUCUUUAAUGAGCCUGCUCGUGAAGAAGUGGUGGUUAACUCCACCACGCACAAACGUGAGUACAUGCGACUCGAGCGAGGCGAGCUCCUCCGCCGCUGGAUCUCCUCAGGGGAGAACCUUCAGGCUUGCGAGGCCCAGGUGACUGCUUCGAGGAAGAACACAGCCACGGGGCGCCGCAGGCGGCGACUCGUGGCUGUCAAAGACAUGCUCAAUGCACCGUAUCACUUUUCGAAGUGCCUUGGUGGAAUCGUUGUCAUUUUCUUGGUGGCUAGCUUGUGUUUCUGCAGUGAUUCGUUACUUCUCAUCAACCAAUAUGUGCUCCUACAAGCCUACAAUUCUCGCAGUGCCUGCUGGAAUGGUCGGCGUGUCAUUCUUCCUUUUCUCCCGGUGGCUGGCUGGAAUGAUCGGCAGAAGGUCGAGUCCAUCAUCAGCCGUGGCGGGGGUGUUGAAGACGUCGAUGCCCCGGGCUGCUUGCCCGAGACGAAGUUUUGGGUGACGGUGGAAGAGGAAGUGGUGGAUGAGACCGAAGCGACAGUGGAGCAACGCCUGUCGGUGCGAGCGCGACCGUCGGCCGACAUGAUGACCUCGAUCCUCGAUGUCGGCCAGCUCCAGCGACAGGCCCGGUCCAGCCCCCUGAAUGGAGAUGUGCUCAGAGCAUUCGACACUUACAACACCGAGAUUGCGAAAGCUGCCAACAUCGACAGCGCAAGAGCAGCUGGAUCAGCUCCGGGUGGCCGCGGAGCACGGUCGGUUGCCGGCAGCCGCGCAUCCUCGAAGCAGCCCAGAAAGCCGCUGAUCGAAGAGUGCUUCAAGAAUGAUGGAGACAAGCAUUCCCGAUGGAGUUCUGAGAUUCGCAAAGAGAUUGGCCAGCUGGCCCAGCUUCUGAUGGACUUGCCCGAGGGUUCCCAGCUCAAGUCAGACCUUGAGGAUUAUCAGCACCGGCUGUUGCAGAAGGCCGAAGAGUGCCUUGAUUUUUAA